CAGGUCAUUAACGAGGGGGCGUGCCCGGGAGAUUUUUCCCAUAAAGCAUUUUUUCUCCCCCCCUUUUUUCCUCUCCUCUCUCUCUUGCAAAACUGACUUUUACCCCGUUCCACUUCUCGCCUGUCGUUUCAGUCUCUCCAGGGCAGCUCGUGCUGGCACUCAAGUUUAUUUAUUUUCCCGCCUGGGUAGGGGCUUUAGGGUCCGGCGGGUGGUUUUCACCUCUCGUCGCUGCUGUCGCCUGAGGAGGAGAGAGGAGCAGCUGCGGGAGGGCCGGGAAGGUCUUCUGAUGUAGUCAUCCGGGAGGUGCCACUCGCUCGUGCGCGCGCUCCCCUUUUUGCCCCCUUUGCAAACUGAUUGAUGCAUCUCUACAAGUUGCCGGGCUCGGGGUCGGCCCCGUCGGAGUCACAGGGACACUUCUGAGAGCUCACCGGGGCUCGUUCUCGCUCCCCGAAGGCGACCGGAGGCUGACAGCAGCCCAUCCCGGAGUUGAAGGGAUCCGUUCGAAAGUGAUCGUUUCCCCUCCCGCUCGCAGCGGCACAGUUGGGUUGGCGUCGUCCUGCAGGUCUGGGCAUCCCAGCUCCGCCUGGCUGGCUGGUUCAUAACCUCUGCUCUUCCUUCGCUCCGUGCACACACGCCCGGCCGGGAAAUCGCGCCAGAGAAAUCCCCGAGGCUCUGCCCGCGCCCGGGUGCCGGCUUCGCGGCCGCCGCCGUCCGGACUCCACCGGGGACCUGCUGGAAGACGCGAGGACCCAAACUUUUCUUUGAGGUUUCCGAGGCAAGACCGCCGCUCGCCAGCGCAGCGGCCGCUCCCCCAGUUCCAGGACGCCGGCGGGGCUGGGCGUGCGGCUCCGGAUCCCCACCCUUCUCGGCGCAGCGCCCGGCACCGCAGUCACUACCUACGACUCUUCCGAGAUUGCCAGGGGUUGCCCGGAGAAGGCGCCGCGGCGGCCAGGAGAGCGCUCAGACUCGCGGGGCUCAGACGUGCAGCCCCUGGCCCGCAGGGCUCCGUCCUCCUGCAGUUUCCCACCGGCCGUCAAAGUAACUUGGAGCGAAGCGGGGCGCGGUGCGAGGGCCCCGGGCGACCGCGGAGCCGUGCGCAGCCCUCGGCGCGACGCCUCUCCCGGGGUGACCGGCCUGCAGCCGCCGCCCGAGACCCAGCUUGGCACCCCUUCCCCCGCCCUCGCCGCUGCCACCACACACGCGCGCUCCUCUCCAUCUUGUGAUUCCUUUUUCUCCCGAGCCUUCCGGUGGGGGUACGAGUUGUCUGCACCCCCCUCCCCGUUCCGCCGCCUCCUUUUCUUCUCCUUCUCCUGCCCCUCCCCAGCUCGGUGUGCGCCUCUUGGCUUUCUCGCCCCCCUUCAUUUUAUUUAUUCAUAUUUAUUCGGCGCCCGCUCUCUCUCUCUGUUCCCUUCCCUCCCUCCCUCCGGAUCCCUGCUCUCUCCCCGGAGCGGCGCGUCGGGGGCUCCGCCGCUGGCCAGGCGUGAUGUUGCACGUGGAGAUGUUGACGCUGGUGUUUCUGGUGCUCUGGAUGUGUGUGCUCAGCCAGGAUCCGGGCUCCAAGGCCGUGGCCGACCGCUACGCUGUCUACUGGAACAGCAGCAACCCCAGAUUCCAGAGGGGUGACUACCACAUUGAUGUCUGUAUCAAUGACUACCUGGAUGUUUUCUGCCCUCAUUAUGAGGACUCUGUCCCAGAAGAUAAGACUGAGCGCUAUGUCCUCUACAUGGUGAACUUUGAUGGCUACAGUGCCUGCGACCACACUUCCAAAGGGUUCAAGAGAUGGGAAUGUAACCGGCCUCACUCCCCAAAUGGACCGCUGAAGUUCUCUGAAAAAUUCCAGCUCUUCACUCCCUUUUCGCUAGGAUUUGAAUUCAGGCCGGGCCGAGAGUAUUUCUAUAUCUCCUCUGCAAUUCCAGAUAAUGGAAGAAGGUCCUGCCUAAAGCUCAAAGUCUUUGUGAGACCAACAAAUAGCUGUAUGAAAACUAUAGGUGUUCAUGAUCGAGUUUUCGAUGUUAACGACAAAGUAGAAAAUUCAUUAGAACCAGCAGAUGACACCGUACAUGAGUCAGCCGAGCCAUCCCGCGGCGAGAAUGCGGCACAAACACCAAGGAUACCCAGCCGCCUUUUGGCAAUCCUACUGUUCCUCCUGGCGAUGCUUUUGACAUUAUAGCACAGUCUCCUCCCGUCACCUGUCACGGAAAACAUCAGGGUCUUGGAACACCAGAGAUCCACCUAACUGCUCAUCCUAAGAAGGGACUUGUUAUUGGGUUUUGGCAGAUGUCAGAUUUUUGUUUUCUUUCCUUCGGCCUGAAUUCUAAGCAACAACCUGGAGUAGGGAGGCUAAACCAGUUGCUGCCUCCCUAACCCCACCCCCAGCCCUUGCCCUUGACUUCUCUCACCCUCUCCAAAUUAAAUGGGCCCCAGAUGAAAAUGCCAAAUUGUCGUCGUGACACCAGUGGUUUGCCGGCUCCUGGCAUUCUCCUCUAAGAGCUCACCUGCAUUAGUGCACUAUUGGCGGGACGCGGACCAGGGGUAGUGGCAGAUGCAGCUAGUGAUGGCCAGGCCCGAGGGGUUUCGCUCUCCUAUACAAUAUUUAUGCCUUCUCAUUCAGGACUGUAAGAUGAUCAUGUGGGGCAUCGUGUCUCCAUGUCAGGUCCAGAGAGGCGGUAUUAAGAAUAGAUAUAAUAUUACACCAUUUCCUCUAGGAGUGUAUAAAUGAACAGGCUUCUAAAAGGUUGAGACACUGGGAUUUUUUAAUAUGACUGUCUUAAAGCAUUCUUGACAGCAAAACUUGUGCUCUAUAAAAGAAGCCGUUUUCUCUUUUUUUUUUUUUUUCCAGGAGGCGGGUUGGGUGCAGGAAUGCUAACACAGAGCUAGUGUAAGAACAGAGAAAACUAUGUUUGGUGGGGUGUGUAUGUGUGAGUGCCUCUAGUGUUUUUGGUGACCGGACAGUGCACACCAGAUUUUUUUUCCUUUGAAUACAGAUCACCAUGGUGCUACAACUUUUUUUUUUUUUGAAACUCAAAGAGGCAUUUUUAUGAAUAAAGUGACCUUCCCCAAGGCUGACAAGCCAGGGUUGAUGAGUGCAGAGAGAAAUAGCUUCGGCUGCUCCUCUGAGGGACAAGUGUACCAAGGAAAGGCAGUCAGUGGCCAGAGGAGAAGUGAGCUAGCUUUGCUGAAGCGCCAGUGUGCUGUGGCCUUUUGACUCCCACCCCGAUGCCCACGGUUUGCUGCACAGGGGCCUCAGAUACAAACCCCUGUCACCAGGAGAGGCAGUCAGCACCACUUGGGAGGGCUAAAGGGAAAUUUGGAAUAAAAAUUCCAAAGUUCGGAAUAAAAAAAUUUCAAGUGUUGAUUUUAUAUUCUUUCCCUUUCUGACACAGCCUAAAGCGUAGGGGGAACAUGUGUUUAUCUGUGGGAGAUAAACAAGAUGGAGUCCCAAAGACUUUAACAAAAUAUUUUUUUAAAAAUCCACUAGAAUAGAAAAUACAUUAUUUAGAUAUACUUUAUGCUGAGAGUGAGUAUAUAUGCUUGUCCUAUUUAAACAUGUGAGAAAAAGUGGUAUCCCUUGAUACAUUUAGAAAUACAGGGGGGCUAUCUUGUUUCAUUGUGGGGGUGGGGCAGAAGGAGAAUAAACAUAGGAUGACCCUGUUUAAGGAAUUUUAGCCCGGCCAACAGGGGACAUUUCCAGUUGAUUACCAGGAAAUGCAAGCCUUGGGGUUUCUGCUGGUGGGGCUCUCAUGAACUUUAAACUCCAAAGCCUAGGCAGGGAAUAGUGUCAGACCAAUGGAAAAGCGAUCUAGCUUUUUUUGCUAUUGCACGACAUGUCAAUAGGAACCAUGCCUUUCAAAGUAAGUAAAUCAAUAAAUGCAAUGAUCAUGUAAAAUGUGAAAAAGUUGAAAGCAUUCCAGCAAAAUGAGGAUUUUUUAUAUAUUCGUUUUUUAAGAUGUAUAUAUAAAAAAAGGGGGUCAUAUUAUGGACAGACUUCAUGAAUGGAAAGUUGCUUAGAAUUGUGAGUAGUUUGGAAUUAGAAAAAUAUGUGAAUGAAAGGCAGCUGUAAACGUACUGCACCCUAGAGAGUUGUACACAUGUUGAAAUGUAAUCUGGGCUUACCUGAUCCGUGUGGAGCGGAUGUUACUACUGAGUCUGUUCUCACUUGGAACCGUGAGGCUGGGGUUGCCAUCCUCACAGAUACAAUCAACCCUUUUCCCCUGAAGUCAGGAACUUCUCUGGAGUAGCAGGGUCUUUCACAGAAGGCACCCAGCAUUUCACUGAAACAACAGCUCACAGCACCCGAUUUUUUUUCCUUUCACUAUUUAUAUGCUCAGUGUGCUCUGCAAUAUGCAGAAAUACUCUCAUUUUUAUCACUAGUUACAGGCUUGUUGGUCCAGUAGGAUUUGAGUAGGGGGAAAGAGAUAUACCUUCUAAAAUGGAUCAAUAGUCAGAAACAAAUAAUAUGCAUGUUCUGUAGCCAAGGAAAUCAAACGAUCCUGUAAUGAUUCCAGUUACUCAUAACUACAUUAGCAGUGCUAAUUUCAUUUUAGAGAUGGUGACUUCUGUGGUUUUUCUAGCAUUUGUCUCUAACAAAUGAGAAAAUAAUUACUCAUGGCCCUCUUUGCCAUUGUCUUUCAUUUUUCAUGGGGAAAUUAGACCCUUUUACUUCACCGUUGUACCACCACAAAUGAAGUAAAAACAAACAAAAUUAGCAAGACUUCCCACAGCAGUAGAUAGUAUGCUUCUCUACCUAUAAGUGACGUAAUCAUAGCGAAUGCGCUUGCCUUGGAGCUUUCCAGAAGAUGAUUGAUGCCAGACAGUUUUCAUCUUGUCCAAAUAGUGCUGGUGGCCUUUUGUGGUGAUGUUACAAUCCUCUGGGGGCAUAGGAGGAUGUCGAUGCAACUCUGUAGCAGCUUUCAGUUUAAAAAACAAUUCAAAAGCUUGAAGGGCAACCUUAGCCGGCCCUCAGCCUCAGUUGGUCAAACCCCAGAGACCUUUGCCCCUGGCUGCCAAGGGCUUUGCUACACGAAGCAGGGAAAUAAGGAUCUGUCUGUUUAGUGGAUACCGUGUAUCCUUUAAUAGACCAGGUAACAGUUCGUGUUAGUUUAGACUAUUGUUUUGUACUGUACUUUCUUGGGUGGCAGAGGAAAAAAAAAAGGUAAACAUUAAAAAAAAAAAACCUGCGUUCUUUAAAUUCUGUAUUAUUAGCAACCUCUGUUGUAUAUAGUGUUUGAUAAUAAAGUAUUAAUUUGAUUCUUA